GAAUCGAAAAUGAUAGAUUUAUUUCAACAUUCGGUGAAAGUGGAUUUUCCGAUCAGUGUGUGGCCAACAGUGGUGGUUUCUGUGUCGCUGUAAACUGGGAAGAAUUCCCUGGAAAAAAAGGCAUGAAAAUGGAAAGUGAAGGGAGCUCAACAGCCAGCACCGUCAGUGGAGUCUACCAGAAUAUCUUAAAGAGUCCCGCACCAAUUUGCAUGUUCUAUUUCUCCCAUCCAUUUGGGAUAUCAUCUCCUGUUGGUGCGACAAGUGGAAAAUUAUCAUCAACCCCAAAAGACAGUAAUAACGAAAGGAAGAACCAGGUGAGGAAAGCCAAUCGAAGGAUUGGAGGUGAUCAAGUGCGAAAAACACCUCUUAUUCCAUGGCCAAGAGAUACCUGGCGCCGUGAAUUCUCCCUUCCGCCACUCAUUCAGCUCAUUGCACGGAGAAAUGGUCGAAAAGUGCCAGAUAUUGAGGGGGUUUUAAGUACCAUCAGACGCGCUUGGAACACUCCUAGUGAAGGACGUGGAUCGAUUUGUAGUGGAUUUCGUGACGAAACUUCUGCAGCAUCCGAUUGGGAUCUGGUCACAGUAUCGAGUGAUUUUCAUUGUUGUCGGCAUCAGUAUCACACCAUGGGUUCUGGCACUUUUGCAGUCACCACAAAUGGUGGAGGUUUACUCAGACGACGAUAUUCCGUACCCGAGAUUAUCAUGAGAAAGCAUUCGCUAUCGCAGCAGAGAUCUCUUGAGACGAAAGAGGAAUCGAGUGUGGCGUCAACGGCCCCAACUCCCCGCCAUUCGCCCUUGAUGCGGUCGCCGGCCGAAAUGGGUCCGGGUCGUCGUGGGGGUGGUUCCGAUUCAAAUUUGUCGCGUACCACCAUCACCAGUAGCACCGACAUGAGAAAAUCCACCCUGCUCCGGCGAUUUUGGGGUCGUGACGCGAGACGCGAGGUAUUCGUGGAGUCACGUUCGGGAAGUUGGUCACCCCCAUUGAGACGGUCACAGCGACGACUCCACUUCGAUACACACCAGUGUGUAGAGUGCCAGAAGCUGAACGGGACACACAAUAGUAGCGGAAGUAGCAGUAGCAGCAGUCAGAGUAGUGUUUUCCUGGCCAGUGGACGAACACCAUCUCGGGCAUCACCUAAACGACUGAAACUCAUGGCUACACCAUCAGUUGCUGCCACAGACUCCAUGAGGUGUGCAUUGGAGAGUGAAAUCACAGAGACAAGUAGUCAGAUGGCAAGGGAUUCACCCACAACCACUGCACUGUCUUCGGAGAGUCCACAGACAAACAAUGGUCGGAAGAAUGUUCUUAUCUACAUGACUUCCCUGGAGACACCGACAUCCCAAGAGAAUAACAAUCCCUCAGAAGAAUCUUUGCGAAUUGAAAUUGAGACAACUACGCUCACUUCUGCUACGGGGGAUGAGAAUAUGAAUGGGGCACCAACUACCACCACGGUCACACGCACUGAAAGGGUCAAUAGACACCAUUCUGAGGAGGAGAUGGAUCGAUAUAUCUCCAAGUUGUUGAUUGACAGUCUCAAUAAUGUGAUUGAGGCGUCCACUACUAAUGAAUUAAUCACCAGUGCGGACACUAAUGGAAAUGCAACCACCAGGGAAUCCACUGCAGAUGAAAAUCUCAAUAAUCUUGAAGAUGGUGAAGUGAUGUACAGUGCAAUUUCAACAGCAGAUAUCUCAGAUCCUGCUCUUGAUGUCUCAGAUUCAGGCACAGUUAGUACAACUCCCCAUCGACCCCAAGAUAUUGGACUAUCUGCUGAACCUGAUGCGGAUUCAUGCAAAGACAAGGUGCAGGAAACCCCGAUUGAGGAAGUUCCCAUCUACUUCCCAAGGUAUUCGUACGGAGAACUGAGCAAAAGUAUUUUUUUUUUGUAUGUCCAAAUUAAAUUUUCCGUCUCAGUAUUUUUUUCCUAUUGUCUCUUUUGCAGUGGAUUUCGUGACGAAACUUCUGCAGCAUCCGAUUGGGAUCUGGUCACAGUAUCGAGUGAUUUUCAUUGUUGUCGGCAUCAGUAUCACACCAUGGGUUCUGGCACUUUUGCAGUCACCACAAAUGGUGGAGGUUUACUCAGACGACGAUAUUCCGUACCCGAGAUUAUCAUGAGAAAGCAUUCGCUAUCGCAGCAGAGAUCUCUUGAGACGAAAGAGGAAUCGAGUGUGGCGUCAACGGCCCCAACUCCCCGCCAUUCGCCCUUGAUGCGGUCGCCGGCCGAAAUGGGUCCGGGUCGUCGUGGGGGUGGUUCCGAUUCAAAUUUGUCGCGUACCACCAUCACCAGUAGCACCGACAUGAGAAAAUCCACCCUGCUCCGGCGAUUUUGGGGUCGUGACGCGAGACGCGAGGUAUUCGUGGAGUCACGUUCGGGAAGUUGGUCACCCCCAUUGAGACGGUCACAGCGACGACUCCACUUCGAUACACACCAGUGUGUAGAGUGCCAGAAGCUGAACGGGACACACAAUAGUAGCGGAAGUAGCAGUAGCAGCAGUCAGAGUAGUGUUUUCCUGGCCAGUGGACGAACACCAUCUCGGGCAUCACCUAAACGACUGAAACUCAUGGCUACACCAUCAGUUGCUGCCACAGACUCCAUGAGGUGUGCAUUGGAGAGUGAAAUCACAGAGACAAGUAGUCAGAUGGCAAGGGAUUCACCCACAACCACUGCACUGUCUUCGGAGAGUCCACAGACAAACAAUGGUCGGAAGAAUGUUCUUAUCUACAUGACUUCCCUGGAGACACCGACAUCCCAAGAGAAUAACAAUCCCUCAGAAGAAUCUUUGCGAAUUGAAAUUGAGACAACUACGCUCACUUCUGCUACGGGGGAUGAGAAUAUGAAUGGGGCACCAACUACCACCACGGUCACACGCACUGAAAGGGUCAAUAGACACCAUUCUGAGGAGGAGAUGGAUCGAUAUAUCUCCAAGUUGUUGAUUGACAGUCUCAAUAAUGUGAUUGAGGCGUCCACUACUAAUGAAUUAAUCACCAGUGCGGACACUAAUGGAAAUGCAACCACCAGGGAAUCCACUGCAGAUGAAAAUCUCAAUAAUCUUGAAGAUGGUGAAGUGAUGUACAGUGCAAUUUCAACAGCAGAUAUCUCAGAUCCUGCUCUUGAUGUCUCAGAUUCAGGCACAGUUAGUACAACUCCCCAUCGACCCCAAGAUAUUGGACUAUCUGCUGAACCUGAUGCGGAUUCAUGCAAAGACAAGGUGCAGGAAACCCCGAUUGAGGAAGUUCCCAUCUACUUCCCAAGGUAUUCGGCUGAAAGUAAGGGAGAUCUUUCCAGCUACACAUCAGUCGGUUCUGAGCCUGAACCUCAGGAAAUUGGUGCUGUGGGCACAGGAAGUUCCUAUCCGGAUAUAGAGAAACAUGGGGAACCUGUCUUAGUGCCCAGACUCUCAGCAUUCCCCCGUACAGAAUCAAUGGAAGUACAACCCUCUUCUGCUUCGGCAUGUGAAGAUGGCGAGAAUGGAGAUGUAUUGCCUGAUGAUGAGGACAGUGUAAGUUUGGUGGAUAGUCUCGAUGAUCCAGAAUCACCUGACCACAAAUACCAUUCCACGGAAUCUCUAAAAGUCCCAUCGUCAGCUGACACUGGGCAAGAAGCAAAAUCUCCACAAUUCCGUGAGAAAGGGGAGGCAUUUUUUGUACCCAUGUCUGAGACUCAAGUUCCUGUGGAUGAACACAUAGUGGUGGCUGAUACAAUGCCCGAAAAAUUGCGGGACAAACUAGUGAGGCGUCAAAAACGGAGGGACAUGAAGAAAGAGCAGGAAUUGCGACGACGGCAGAAGAUGCAAAAGUAUAUUGAUCAGAAGUUAGAAGAACGUCUGGAGGAACUUCAAGUCAAUGCCAAUCGCAAUUCUCGUGCAAUAAUUGCCAAGAAAGACAUCCCUGUCCCGACCACGUCUACUGCAUUGAAUACCACAGCAAAAGGGCAGAAAAAGAAUGUGCUGAGGACAGAGAUUGGGAUGUUAGAAUCCUACACUAUUGAUUCAAGAGGGAAUAUGCAAUUUAAUCCACCAGCUAAGGAAGCUCCAGUGAAGACGACAAAAGCCCCAGCUCCUAAGAGGACAAACGCCACCAGAAAAAUUACAAAAUCCAAAUCUGAGGAACACCCAGUGCCAGAAAAGAAGUUCCAAGUGAAAAAAUCCGCUUCAGACACAUUGCCAAGGCGAGGAAAGGCCUCGCGGAAGGAUAUGCAGCACAUGACACUGUAUCAGACGGCAGAUUUGACCCCGGAUACAGAAGGUGGACCACGGAGGAUGUACCAGAAGACAGAGAUACAGGAUGGUGAGAAGAGGAUUGAGAUUCUUGAAAUUGUAGAGUGUCUGGACACUUCUCCGGAAACAUCUCCUGGUGUCCGAAACCCUUUGACUUACAGGGUUGGUGGGAAAUCUGGGCGAAGAUCGAAGAUUCCCGUGCCGAUUUACAAAUCCGCCAAGAGAUCUGUUCACAGUGGAAGUGCCUCUCCACGAACGAUAGCCAAUGCCAAAGUGGACAAAUUGAUAGCUGAUCUUCUGAUAGAGGCUCUCAAUAAUCCCGUGGACUUGGGUAUAGAAUUUGUGCCAUCCCCAAAGAUCGAGAAGGCAGUCAAUGGGAAGAAGAAUGGUGUAAAGAAGAGAUCAGCUAAUAGCGGAAUAAAGUAUCAUCAAGUAUUUGAUGUUAUUCCUGAGGAGAGAAGCAGUUUCUCUCUGGACUCUUCAAAUGAAGAAUCCGGAACCACUCACAAAACCCGAGUAGACAGUGGACAGGGACCCUCAGUCAAGAGCACCAAUAAAGAUACCACCCAAAGUAGUGCAGUAUCUACUAAACCAACACCUCUCGAGAAUAACAACAAAGUCCAGGACCACUCGAAGGUAGAUGAUGGGAGGAAUGGGGAGAAAAAUCAGACAAAUCGCGGAAGGGCAGCUCUUGAGAGUGACACAUGGUUGGGAUUUUUCAAGCCCCAUGAGGAAUCCUCAGCAGAAGAGGAGUCAUCUCGCACUCAUCAUCAUUUCUGUCCUCAUCAUCCAUGCCAUCAUUUCAUGCUGACACCAUCAUCAGACACUUUAACGACUGUUUCAUCAACUAUCCAGAAUCCCACUGUAUCCCUAUCCACCACCAUUGACUUCUACUCUCCAGACACAUCGAGUUGCACAAAUACCAUCCUUCCACUUGAUUCCUCUAUUCCGGACGCCAGCACUUUUCCCACCAGCAGCUCUGGCUCUGACAACAUUCUCACGGUGAUCGAGAAGGUGGACACCAGCCCAAGUACAAUCCCUCAGCCACCUGAUUCCAUUUCAGAUACUGUUGCUAAGGCAUCAAAAGCCCCGUUAGAGAUCACCAAGACACCACGGGAGGAACCAACAAAGGAAGCUCCCGAAGUUAUUGACUCCAGUUCCUUUGUGAUAAUUCCGGCUGAAGAAAACCCACCAACGCCGGCGACAAAGGAGCCUCCGGAGCCAGAAUCUGCCAAAUCAACGCAAUCUUCGAUAAAGGCGAGGGAUAUUUGCAAGGAUUGCUGCUUCUGCAAUCCAGACCUCCAUAAGAAAAUAUCUCCUGAGGACACCAAUCGCUCCUGCCACUUUUGCGACAGAAAACGACAGAUGAGCGCACCUAAAAAACCUGAGGAGGAAACUCACAGUGGCUACGAGACAGCUAAGAGUCACCACUACUACGAGGUCUUGUCCAAAUCCGAUCAUCAGCACACGCAGACAAAAUCCAAGGAUCCUGAGACAAUCAGCACAAGAUGUGUAAAGACUAAUGAGAAGAUAAAGCGAUUUGUCCCUUCUCCAGAAGACCCCAAAGCAACCAAAGGGAAGAUCAAUCGCCCCAAAGAUGUUCCUCAGCCCAUUUCUCGAGGAUCUGCUGUACACAGAGUCAUCCGGGAUGAAGUAGAAGUGCCCAGAAAGCCAAGAAAUCAAAAUAAAAUCCCUGCAGAAGGGGAUAAGAAGCAGAAAAUUCAAUUCCCAAGUCCCUACAGAAUCCUCUCUUCACCACAGAGUUACGACGAUGGAUCAUCCUGUUCGGAGGAUGCAGACUUCAGUCCACCCGUUCCUCGAAUGAACACCCCAAUGAGAUCACGAUGGGCAAAUUCAAGUCGUUUUGCCAAUCACCGAAAGGCCUCCCAUAGUCGCAUGAAUGCUUCCUCGAAUCAUCCCAAAUCCUCCUUUGCCUCCACAUCGAGCAGUGCAACUCCGGGAGUUAAUACAGGUUGGUCAGUUACUGUGGCUGGCAACUACCAUCCACAGUUGGCUCCUGAUGUGGAGAUGCGUCUAAGCUUCCCAAAAACCCAGACUGAAACCCUGAUGCAACCACCUCCGUCAACCACAACGACAAACCGAGAUUUCUACGAGAUGACACCCCCACCAGGUGCUUCCGAGUGCAGACCACGACCAGCACUACCGCCCACAAAUUCACACACCCUCAAUCCCAAGAGAACCCUCACCAAAGUCACCCCAGCACCCUCAGCUAAUGGGAGGAAUUACCGCUUUCCGGAAGUCAAUACAGCCACAAGUCAGGCUGUGUCGCGACAAACAGCCAAAAAAGCAAUUAAGCGAGUAGAGUGCAGCGUCGCCGUAACUUCCGCCACCCGCACAAUCUCCAAAUUCAGCCGUGCUCAGCGAGCAAUGUCCUUCCAGUCUCUCCAUCCGACCAUUGAGGACUCCUACAGAAAUCGCAGUCGAGAUGGAUCGGUUGGAAAUCUAUCUAGUCGUCGCCUAUCGUUAGACGGAAGUCAAUCAGACGAUGUGGCUAGUCUGAGCAUCAUGGGUAAUGCCAUAGCACCGGAAAUUAAGCCACGUGUACCAACGAUGAGUGAAAAAGAUCUAACGAGGAGACACAGUUCCUGUUUCACAAGGAAUAGAUCCUAUUUGACAUAGAAUCACUUCCAUUGCAAGCACAAUAUUUUAAAAAUGCAAAUGUAAAAGCAUAAGCUGUAAAAUAAUUAUUAUAGAAUAUUUGGGGAAA